GCGUUUAGUGACAGCACAAAAUACACAGAUGAAGGACAGGGAUGAACUCCAGAUGGUCAAAGUCUGCCAUGAGUGCUGCUGCUGACCUGCUUGGAUGGCUGGAUGCUUCCACACUACUCGUCCUAGCUGUGUCUUUCCUCCUGGCCUACCGCUGGCUAAGAUUCCCAAGGAAUCUUCCCCCGGGACCGGCAGGUGCCCCUCUCAUAGGCUACGUUCCCUGGCUGGGGAAACAUCCAUACCUUACGUUCACAGAGUUAACUCGGACGUAUGGAGAUGUGUUCACUUGUUGGUUUGGUCCUGUACCGGUGAUUGCUGUGAACGGCUUUGAGGCGACGCAGGAACUUUUAGUGACCAGGGGCCACGACUUCAUGGACCGACCAAUAGCCAACGCGAUGGCAGUUAUACUGGAGAGCGAUAAAGGCAUAGUGUUUAACCCUUACGGGGACAAGUGGAGAAAGCUUCGUCGGCUCACCCUGUCUGCGCUGCGUGACUUUGGAAUGGGGAAGGCUAGCUUAGAGGAGAAGGUGUUGGAGGAGAUGGAGGCAGUCACUGAGGAAUUCAUGGCCACGCAGGCAAAACCCUUCAACCCUAAACGCAUCUUCAAGAAUGCAGCGUCGAAUGUCAUCUGUUCUAUCAACUUUGGCAGCAGGUAUCAAUACACUGACCCGAAAUUUCAGCAGCUGCUUGACUUCAAUGAUUUUUUCUUCUCCCAGCCAGUGCAGGGUGGAAUUGAAACCUUCCUGCCCUUCCUCGCUCCUCUUUUUCUCAGAAUCCCAGGUUCCAGAUUUCACAAGCUCUUGGCAGGCAGCAAACAGCUAGAGGGUUUCAUUAAUGAGAUUAUCGAAGAACAUAGAAACAGCUAUGAUGAAAGCAACAUCAGAGACUUUAUAGAUAUCUUUCUGAAGUACACCAUGGAUGCAGAGAAGGAAUCCCCCAAUAUGAAGGAAUGUGAGUUUACAACCGAUAAUUUGUUUCACAUGAUAAUGGACGUUUUCGGAGCUGGCACAGAGACCACAGCUACAAGCUUUGCCUGGCUGUUUCUCUACAUGACUGCCUUUCCUGAUGUGCAGAGGAAAGUACAGCAAGAAAUCGACGAGGUUAUUGGUCAGGGCAGAAGACCUUGCCUGAAAGAUCGAGAACGGCUGGUGUACAUGGAUGCAGUUGUCCGAGUACAGAGACAUGCCACUUGCACCAUUCACAGUCCCCAUCGGGCCGUAGAAGACACAACUUUCAGGAAUUACAACGUGCCAAGGGCAGCUAUGAUCAUGGUGAAUCUGUGGUCGGUGCAUCGCGAUGGCAGGUACUGGCGACCGACCAUUUAUCCGGACGCUGGCUAGAUGAACAAGGCCGGCUCAUCAAGCAUGAUGCAUAUAUGCCGUUCUCUUCA